AUGGCGGAACAACCUCCACCCUCGCCAUCCGAACUGCUCCGGAUGGUGACUGAGUUGCGACAAGCCAUGGCUGAGGAGAACCAAAGAGUGACGGAAGAAGCCGAGCAGCAGUCAGGGCCAACACAUGUCUCAAACACUGCUCGACAAGAAGAGGAACAGCCCCAACACAAUGAGGAAGCUCAGAAAAACACAGAAAAUGACGAUCAGAAAAGCUCCCCCGGACCAUUCACGGCGGAAGUAAUGAACUUCGUGCUACCCCGAAGGUUUACUCUACCAACCACCCUAACUCCAUAUGAUGGGUUAGGUGACCCAAAGAAAUACAUCAAAAAGUUCACCUCCAUAAUGAUAGUAAACGGUUCCAUUUCUCGAUUCCGAGACAUAUCAAAACCCUUUGAGGAGCACUUCGCUGGAUCCGCCAUCUACCUUCACGACUCCGACUACCUGAACGCAGUCAAGCAAGGCCAGCACGAAAGCCUCAAGGACUACAUGACGCGCUUCAUAAAGAUAGCCAUAAACAUACCCGAUCUCCACCCCGAGGUAGAACUACACGCCAUAAAAAGUGGAUUAAGACCAGGAAAGUUCCAGGAAACUAUUGCUGUGGCCAAACCAAAAACUAUGGCCGAAUUCCGUGAAAAAGCUAAAGGACAGAUUGACAUCGAAGAGCUCCGACAAGCUCGGAAAAUAGAAAAGCCUCAUUAUAAAGAUGACGACAAGCCACAGGACAGCAAGAAGAAUUUCAAACCAAUCCCACGAUAUGAGACCUACACCAAAUUCAACACCAAGCGCAAUGACAUCAUCAAGGAGAUCUUGAAUUCGAAGUUAAUCAAGCCACCACGAAAAGCUGGCAAUUACCCAGAUUCAAAAGGCACUGACCGAUCAAAGUACUGCUCUUUCCACCAGAAGCACGGACACAAUACUGAUGACUGCGUCAUCGCCAAAGACCUGUUGGAGCGAUUAGCUCGGCAAGGUUAUCUGGACAAAUUCAUCAGCGGCCACAUGCAGCGGCGAGCACCUCCUCCAGGAGACCAAAGCUCGGCUACACAACAUAACCGAGAUAGAGACCGACCGAACAAUAACCAUCAUGAACUACCAACACGUACAAUUAACUGUAUUUCCGGAGGUUUUGCAGGUGGAGGAGCCACAAGUUCAGCAAGGAAAAGAUCUUACCGAGCUAUCCUUUCCAUCAAUGCCGAUCAAAGUCAACAAUAG